AUGGUCCAUUCCAACGCGGACAUUCAGACUGUCGCGAAGCUGCAAUAUCUUCUGCAGUCCCUGGAAGGAGAAGCUCACAAGCCAUUCGAGUCGAUCGACAUAAUCGCGGAUAAUUAUGCGUUAGCUUGGGACGCUCUACUGAAACGCUACGACAAUAAGCGGUAUCUGAAGCGUCAACUGUUCCGAGCCCUGUAUGACCUCCCGCCGCUGAAAAAAGAGUCACCCCAAGAGCUGCAUGACCUGGUUGAUGACUACCAACGGCAUGUCAAGGCCUUAGCGAUGCUGAACGAACCUGUAGUCCACUGGGACACCCCGUUGAUUAACAUGCUAUGCUACAAACUGGAUCCUACGAACCUCCGAGCCUGGGAGGAGAAGACCAGUAGCAGUGAUGAUGUCACCUACGAGCAGUUAGUUGAUUUCCUGUACCAAAGGGUUCGAAUGUUGAAGUUCGUCGUCACCGAUCUGCAGCAUCGUUCCAAUCAACCCGACCAAGCCAAGGUGGCCGGUUCCAAUCCGAUACAGAAGAAGCCAUUUAAGAUGGUAUCCAAUUCCGCCACGACCGAAUGCAAGAACUCCGCUCCGUACUGUAUCGCCUGUCCAGAGAACCACUUCCUAUUCCAAUGUCCAGCAUUUUCCAAGAUGUCCGUUCGCCAGCGACGAGAGCUGGUAUCCCAGAAGCGCCUAUGCUGGAAUUGCUUCCGCUCUGGACACCAAAGUAGGAAUUGUACAUCCAAGUACGAUUGCCGAAACUGUCACCAGAAACACCAUACCCUGCUGCACGAAGAUACAAUCCAGUCCAUGAAUCCGAACCCCCAAGUGAGCUUGUCGGUACAGUCGUACCAAUCCACGGUUCUGUUGGAAACGGGCAACCUCCUAGUUGUGGACCAGAAUGGCAAAGAGCAUUCCGCUCGUGCACUGCUAGAUUCAGGAUCGAUGAGCAGCUUCAUCACGAAGAAGCUUGCGAACACACUCCGUCGUACGAAAAUAGACAUCGCCGUGUCUGGAAUCGGUGAAACGUCGAAGCAGAUCAAGCGCAAGUUGACUGCUACAAUUAGAUCCAAGCUGCUUUCGUUCAGUACUACGCUCGAGUUUCUCAUCCUCAAGAAACCCACAGUUUGCCUGCCAAUCAUGCCGAUUGAUGUUUCCUCGUGGAAGUUUCCUGAUGUUCCGUUAGCUGAUCCAAGCUUUCACAUUCCAGCCGAUAUCGACCUGAUUAUCGUUGGAGAAGUGUAA